CAAAAUAGCUGGACACUUUGCUCCUAUAAAUGUGCCUACAGCCACUCGGUCACUUAUUCAUUCUCGUGUCAACGUCCAAGGCAAAAGCAUCACCCAUUUAACAAACACGUGAGCAGAACACACCGAAAAUGUCGAAAAGUACCACCACCACCAACACCACUGGCAACACCCUCGCUUUCGCCACGGCACUCGUUUUAACCAUCGUAUUGUGUUGCAGCUAUUCUGCUGAAGCUCGUCCCGACCAAUAUGAUGCAGCGGCCGAGACACGCAAUUUCAAGAGUGAAUUGAAAGAGGAUGGCAGCUACCAAUAUCAGUAUGAAACUUCGAAUGGCAUUGCCGCUGGCGAAUCCGGUGUUGGCGGCUAUUAUGCUAGCGGAUCAUCGGCCUAUUAUGCACCAGAUGGCCAACUCAUUCAGCUGAGUUAUACAGCCGACGAGAAUGGCUUCCAUCCGGCUGGCGAGCAUUUGCCAACACCACCACCAGUACCGGAGGCUAUUCUCAAAGCACUCGAGUACAUACGCACACAUCCGCCGCAGGAAGAACGCAAGGGUGCCAGCGGACAAGCUUAACUUGCAUAAGUGGUUGUAGAUUAUUGUGAAUAUAAGCGUAUGUGUACAUAUAUGAAGGUACGUAUAUAUGUAUGUGUAACCACACGAGCCACUGGAGUUCCCGUAUUUGUUUCAUUUUAAGAAUCA